AUGGCGGGUAGCAGUCCAGUGGCCAAGAGGGUAGUGGUCUACCGGAAUGGGGACCCGUUCUCCCCAGGCCACCAGCUGGUGGUGACUCAACGCCGCUUCCCCACCAUGGAGGCCUUCCUCUGUGAGGUGACAUCAGCUGUGAAGGCCCCACUGGCUGUGCGUGCCCUGUACACGCCUUGUCAUGGCCACCCUGUCACCGACUUGGCAGAUCUGCAGAAUGGAGGACAGUAUGUGGCUGCUGGCUUUGAACGAUUCCACAAGCUCCACUAUUUACCCCCUGGAGGGAAGGAUCCAGGUGGGAAGAGCGACAGACUACAACGUCCUCCUGUGACUCGCCACCCAUGUGAUGGGGCCCUUGGACAUUGGCUGCCUGCAGGCACCCCCUGCUAUAUCCAUGUGUUCAGGAAUGGGGACCUGUUAAGUCCCCCCUUUGGUAUGAAGUUGCCACAGGCUGCCAGCCAGGACUGGGAAACUGUGUUGAAGCUCCUGACUGAGAAGGCCAAGCUGCAGAGUGGGCCUGUGUGCAAACUCUGCACCCUGGAGGGUCUCCCCCUGUCAGCAGCUGAGGCUCUGGUGAAUGGCCAUUACUAUGUGGCUGUUGGAGAGGAUGAGUUCAAGGCCCUCCCCUAUCUGGAGCUGCUAGUGCCUAGCCCCUCCCUGCCCAGGGGCUGCUGGCAUCCCCCAGGUCCGAAGUCUAGGCUGCACAGGCAGGGGGCCCAAGGCCACAGAGUACAGGCAUCCCACCCCUCUCCAAAGGAACCCAGCCAAAUUGAGCCAUCUGCUUUCUAUGCCAGACCCCAGCAGACCAUCCACCCAAGAAGCAAGCUCCCCACACUCUCAUUUCCAUCAGGAGGUAUGGGAGUAUAUGGGGCUCCCCACCCAAGGAGGGAGACUGCAGGGGCCCAAGAAGUAGCAGAUGAUGAAGACACCCAGACAGAGGAGCCCCUGGAUCAGAGGGCAGCAGAGAUAGCGGAAGAGGCUCUGUCCCUGGAAAACCGGCCUGGAGUGGGGACUGCUAUCCCAGCCUCAGCCCCUGCUCUGACAUCUUGA